GAUGACAAUAGGUUACUUAUAACGAUACAGACUAUUUGAGAUAUUUGGAAUGAAUUGAAACUCCAUCAAGUAUUUAUAGAGAGCAGCUAUUCCUCUGAGACUCAUUGAAAAUGUGAAAUAUCGAUGCUCAAUUCUUUUUGUUCCAGUAUUCCCUACCAAUAUGGCAUUCUAUAUGACUGAAAGUAUGCCCUGGCAUGAGGGUGAGAAUCAGAUGCACAAGCUCAUGCACGUGCCUGAUCAAGACAACCCCAGCUCACCUUUUCUCUCCCCCGGAGCAGGCUAUAUGACCCAAAGGUCUCCAUUGGUCGCUCUCGGAACACUUGACGCAAAGAAGCGGCCAUGGACGACUAUACUUGGCGGAGAAGCCGGAUUUGCUCGACCCAUUGGAAGUUCAAUAAUUGGAAUCAGCACACUUGUGGAUAAGAAAGAUGACCCUGUGAUUGAAUCACUUUUGAAGGGACGGGAUGAUGGGGAAGUAGUUCAGCCUGGAAAAGAUGGAAUAAUGAUUGGUGGCCUGGCCAUUGAUCUUGAGCAUCGAAUGCGAGUGAAACUCUAUGGCAAAAUGAUUGCCGGCUCACUUCAAGCCUUUGAGGAGCAUGGAGCAAGAGAAACAAACGCAAUAGGGCAAUUGCAAUUAGCUGUGCGGAUAGAUGAAAGUUUAGGUAACUGUCCAAAAUAUCUCAACAAAAAACAAAUUCAACCAGCUACACCAACUCCAAAGCUGAUAUCCGACUCACCACAACUAUCACCACAGGCAAUUUCAUUACUCUCCAAGGCAGAUCUAUUCUUCAUCUCCUCCUCGCACGGAAGCCAUGACAUGGACACAAACCACCGUGGCGGACCGCCAGGGUUUGUGCGAGUGCUAUCCAACGAUCCAUCCGGCGCUGUCAUUGUCUACCCCGAGUACUCUGGGAACAGACUCUACCAGACGCUAGGAAAUCUCCAAACGACACCACUCGCAGGACUAGCCAUUCCGGAUUUUGAUACCGGGGACGCAAUCUAUCUGACUGGACGAACCGAGGUCCUUAUCGGCCACGACGCAGCCGCAAUACUGCCUCGAUCGAACCUAGCCGUCAAAGUAACAAUCACGUCUUCACGGUUCGUCCAGAAUGGCCUCUCCUUCCGGGGUAUUGUGGGAGAGCCAUCUCCAUACAAUCCAAAUGUUCGAUUUGCCACGACCGAGAAACACACCGCAGGAACAGAAUUAGGCUCAGAAGGAGGCGCUACACAACAACCCAGCACCUACGCAACGCUCAUAAACUCCGAGCGGCUAACACCCACCAUUUCGAGAUUCCGCUUCAAAAUCCAAGACCCUUCUGCAGUCCACGCGCCGUGGAAACCAGGCCAAUACGCGGCCCUGUCGUUCGCGGACGACCUCGACAUUGGAUACAGCCACAUGCGCGACGACGACCCCAGGUCCUUAAACGACGACUACAUGCGAACAUUUACCAUCUCCAGUCCGCCGAGCCUCGGCCGAAACAAAUCCUCAAAGGCACCCGGACCCGCCAGAACCACCAGAAGCGCCGCCACCGGUCCUCUUCCUCCUGUCCUUCCUCAAGACGACACAGAAUUCGAGCUGACCAUCAGAAGAGUAGGGCGCGUGACAAGCUAUCUCUUCGAUCAAGCCGCACGCGCAAAGCGAACCAAGACGGAAUACAAGAUUCCAUUGAAGGGGUUUGGCGGAGACUUUAGCUUUGCAACUAGUUAUGAUUCAGUUCCUCACUCUCCCGAUUCUCCCUAUUCUCCCAAUUCUCAUUCCCAGUCCGUGUCCCACGCGAUUAUUCCAUUCAUCGCCGGCGGCAUCGGAAUCACCCCCUUACUCGGCCAACUGCCCUUCAUUGACUCCCGUCGCCUGCGCCUGCUAUGGUCUAUUUCCAUCAAAGAUAUCGGUCUCGUGGCAGACACAUUUCGGCGGUAUCCAGAACUGCUUGUCCAUCCUGGAGUCGUCCAAUUGUUUCUGACAGGUAAAGCCGAGACGGAUAUCGAGACCAAGGAAGACAGAAAGAGUCUUCAACAGGUCAUGCAGAGCGGCGUCAAGGUCGAGUUGAGAAGACUUGAGAAAAGAGACGUAGAUGAGCUGAGCGCUGCCGACGCUGAAAAGGGAGGAGAAGAAGAAGAAGAAGUAAAUGAAUGGUAUAUGUGCGUAGGUCCAAGGCUCAAAAGCGCAGUGUUGAAUUGGUUGGCGGGUGAGAGGAUUAUUUAUGAGGAUUUUGGUUACUGAAAAACGACAUCUUACGUCGGAUAUAAUGAUGAUGGUAAUGCAGAUUUUUUAGAAAAUUGGGGCGUGAUCGGUAAUUGGAAGGUUGAGGAUACCAAAAAGUUUUGCCCUUGCUACUAGGAAUCUGGUAAUGCGGAUUAAAAUAUGAGAAAGGAUGUUUUCAAAGGCGCUUUCCGGAUUUACAUAAGUAAUGGUCGUCAAAUACUAAAAACAUGCAGCGAGAAAAUUAGAAAUGCAGCUUCAAUCAUCUAUGGUUUUGCCAUUGUUAUUGAUCUAUGCAAGACUGUCAGUCU